GGCGGGGCCUGGGCUGGGGUUAGAGGAGGGCCCCUCCCGAGGGGGCGGGCCGUAGUGAGGCUAAUGGCAGUUCAGGAGGCGGGGCUUGGCAUGGGCGGAGUCUGACAGUUGAGGGGAUACUGUGAUGGGACGCGGCUGGGUUUUGGGAGGUGGGGCUUAGUGGGUCUGGGCGAGGCCCGCUUCCCGCUAGCCUGGAAACGAACGUUAAGAGGGUGGAGCCAAUGAGGCUGGGAGUGGCUUCAUGGGGGCAAGGCUUGUCUUAGGGUUGAGGCAAGGCCGUCGUAGGUGUGUCAGUGAGGAAGUAGACGCAGAAGAAGCUGAGUGAGGCAGCUGCACAAUACAACCCAGAGCCUCCGCCUCCACGCACCCAUUACUCCAACAUUGAGGCCAAUGAGAGUGAGGAGGUCCGGCAGUUCCGGAGGCUCUUUGCCCAGCUGGCUGGAGAUGACAUGGAGGUCAGUGCUACAGAACUCAUGAACAUUCUCAACAAGGUCGUAACCCGACACCCUGAUCUGAAAACUGAUGGUUUUGGCAUUGACACAUGUCGCAGCAUGGUGGCCGUGAUGGAUAGUGACACCACAGGCAAGCUGGGCUUCCAGGAAUUCAAGUACUUGUGGAACAACAUCAAAAAGUGGCAGGCCAUAUAUAAACAGUUUGAUGUUGACCGUUCAGGUACCAUUGGCAGCAGUGAACUCCCAGCAGCCUUUGAGGCAGCAGGGUUCCACCUGAAUGAACAUCUCUACAACAUGAUCAUCCGGCGCUACUCAGAUGAAGGAGGGAACAUGGAUUUUGACAACUUCAUCAGCUGCCUGGUCAGGCUGGAUGCUAUGUUCCGUGCCUUCAAAUCUCUUGACAAGGAUGGCACUGGACAAAUUCAAGUGAACAUCCAGGAGUGGCUGCAGCUGACGAUGUAUUCCUGAAUGAGAACCCCAGACCUGCCCCCUCAUUGCCUUGCUAUAGGAGUCCCCUUGGAUUCUUCCGUCUCUCCCAGGGCUGAGCCAGUCUGCAGUGUCGCCUUCAUGGGUCCUACUGGCCCACAGGUCUUUCGGUUCCCCCAGCCCUUGGCACUCGGCUUUUCAGUCAACAGCCAGGGCCCGACAUGCCCCGACGUGCCAUGCCCUGAGUUACCCCUGGCUCUGAGACACUCUAACACACCCUGCUCCAAGGGUUACCCCACGCCCAGCACACCCAUCCCACACCCACUCCAUAACCCCUCUCAUGUACAUGUGCCAAACCCAACAGUUAUGUUGCUUCCACACCCCAAGGGCCCUUCCCUCAGUUCUGGGAGGCUCCCUCCAGUCCCUACACACUCUGGCACACCUGUUCACAGUUACUACCCCGGCCGAACUCCAGGCCAUAAUAGGCCCAGGAGCCCCUGUGCCUUUGUCUCUACUCUGCUCUCAGCCUGCCAGGCCCAGGAGGAAAUAAAAGCACCCCAGUUGCUGCUGUCUCUGA